AAUACUUUAAAAUGCCUGAAAACGACGUAGUAAAAGGGUUCGGUUUCUCUUUUGGGCUAUUUUCAUCUCCAUUGACAAACUCGCCCCCACCACCAACUCGUUCGACUCACAACUCACUCUCUCUCAGGCCGCCAUGGACGACCUUCCUCUACAGAAGAUAGCAAUAUCAGGGCCAACCCUCGCUUCUCUCAUCCAACGUUUCUCAUUCUCCCCAGGCGCCGUCGACGGCCUCUUAUUCGGCCACGUCAAUCACAUCACUCCCUCCAAUCUCUCCGACGACUUCCCCUCCACCACUCCGACCUCCGAUUCCUCUCCUUUUGUCGCCACCGUCACCGGUUUCAUCUGCUCCGGUACCAUCAAUAGUUUCUACGACUCUGCCGGCAGAAUCGACUCGCAGGCUCUCAAUCGCCUACUCGCCGGUUCAGAUCAACAUCGCACGCUCAUUGGUUGGUUCUCCGGUCGCAGAAAAACCCAGCUCCGACCUUCUAUCCGUGAAUUCUCAGUCAUGGCUUCUCUCUCCUCAAAGACCGAUCUCUCUAUCCCCGUCGUAGACGCUCCGAUCGCCACCAAUCUCGCCUCAUGUGUCUUCAUCCUCUUUGGUUCUCCGCUUCUGGACCAACCCAUUCAUACCCACGAGUACAGGGCUUACCAGUUCCGGACCUCAGCCCAGUCGUUUGAGCCCAAAUCGAUCGACAUUGUUAACAUUGGACCUGCGUUUCGAGGCAAUUACGGUUCGUUCAGCCCCAACUCGCCGUUGCCUCUCUUACCCUGCGAGCUGAGGACUUCGCCUAUGAGGGAGGACAGGCACGAUGAGACUUUAGGACAGAGAAAACAGGUGUCGAAGAUUCAGAGGGAAUUGGAUAUGUGCACCGAGGGUUUGGAGGUUGGGGAACUGAGUAGGCUUAUGGGGUCGCAAGCCGUGAAUUAUACUAAUGGCGUUGAGGACGUGUACGAGAAAAUGCUUGCAAAAAUUGAGAAUUUGGCGAGGCUUGUGGAGAAGAGCUCGGCUAAGGUUCUUGAACAGGAAAAUCUCAAUAGGAAGUUAAAGUCCAAAAUUGCUAGGUUUCCUGGAUUGGAAUAGGUGAUUGGCUCUUACUUGAGGCGUUCUUUUGGUUUUAUCAGCAUACGAUGGUGAGAGUGUGUUUGAACAAAUUUCUUCCAUUAUCUAAAAGCAUUAUGGUUCCAUCGACAAUUAUCAUAUUAAUCAGUGUUGUGAGGCUCUGGAAGAGAGGUAGUCCGGAGAUGGUCAGAGUUUGUAAGAGUCGUAGUUCAGGCUCAGCGGGGGUCUAAAUCUACUCCCACAGAAGCCAGUGCAGGAGAGAGCAUACAUCUAAGUAUAAUCAUCCACUUCUGACUGAUUUUUUGGGUUGUGUUGUAUAUAUAACUCUGUUUCUUGGGCAAGGGUGCGUGGACAUGGAGGGAUACAAACAAAAGAGUUUCACAGGAGAGUGAAGGGAAUGGAUUUUAAAAGUUACCGUAUUUGUAUGAUCUGGGAAUUACCUCUAAGUAAGGCCAAUAGUUGCAUCUAUAAAUUAGUCAUCUCCAUUGUCUAUAGGCUAUCUUGAGAACACAUUAACCCUGAGUGUCUCACACCCCUUUCCCAUGAAAACUCUCUUUACAUAUAUCUUGUUUCUUGCCACGCAUUACUGUUUGAGCUCAUCAUCUUAAUUCUCUCUGGUUUUUCCCUGUAAGAAAUGUAUUGUGGUUGAAUUUCAUGUCUUAACAUUGAUGCCACCUCUGCAUAUUGAAAUAUAUAUUAUCAAUCACAUUUUGACUCUGUAAACCUAACACUACAUUCUUUUAUCUGUUACUUUUGUUUCAAAGGCUUUUUCUUCCUAAAUUCUUUUCUUCAUCCCUCUCUUCAUUAGUGUCUUUCAACAAUUCCCUCACUUCCAUAUAACAUAUAUUCUUUAUAUUUGCUUCCUCCAAGUUUUAUAGUC